AUGGAUACCACUGUUGGUGAAGACCAUGAUAAAAGAAAGACAGCACCACCAGGGGCAGUAAAUAAUCCAACAACAACAUCAUCAUCAUCAUCAUCAUCAUCAUCAUCAUCAUCAUCAUCAUCAUCAUCAUCAUCAUCAUCAUCAUCGUCAUCGUCAUCGUCAUCGUCAUCAUCAUCACAAUCACCAACAACAUCAACAACAAAAAUACCAAAUAGAGUAUCAAUGAUUGCAAAAUCCUCAACUGCAUCAUCAUCUGAUAGCUCUUUAAAUAAUACAGCAACAACAACAAAACCAACUCAAUUUGGAAGAUCAGCAUCAAUGAUAGUUCCUAAAAAUCAAAUUGAGCAGCAACAACAACCACAACAACAACAACAAUCGCAACAACAAUCAUCAUCACCAGAUGUUUCAACAGAAAAGAAAAUCCCACCAAAAGUAACACCAAGAUCAUCUUUAUCAAUUAAUAAAGUACCAACUACAACCUCAACAACUUCAACUUCAACUUCAACAACAACAACAACAACAGCACCCCAACCAAAAUCACAAUCAACAUUAUCAAUUAAUAAAGCAAAUACAUCACCACCAUCAUCAUCAUCAAAAUUAUCAGCAUCAAUUUCAGCAAAUGGUGGUACAACACUUACAGAAUCAAAUAGUUUAGAGAGUAUUAAUGAUACUUCUAGUGAUGGAUCAGAGUUGAAUAAAUAUUUAAAUGAUGAUGAUCAUCAAACCAAUGAAAAUAAUGAUGAAGAUGAAGAAGAUGAUGAUGAAAUUGAGGAAGAGGAAGAAAUGCAUGAUAACUUUUUAAAGGAAUUAGGUUUAGGUGACCGUGAUACUAUUAAUGCAUUAAAAGAACAAGAAAGAAAAGAAAUGGAAUUAUUAGCAGGUGGUAAAGCAUUUAGAAUCACUAGAAGUUUUGUUGGUGUUCAAAAUAAUACUAGAGAUAGAUCAGCAUCAUUAUUCGAUCGUAAUAUUGGUGGUUCAAGUAAUUUAAUUGGUAGUGGUGUUGGUGGUACUAGAGUUGUAUCAUCAAUGGUAACACCAUCACAGCAACAACAACAACAACAACAACAACAACAACAACAACAACAACAACAACAACAAGGAGGAGGUAAUAGAAUGAUAACUCAUAGUAAACCACCAGUUUCAAAUAGUACUAAACCUUCUCCAACUAUUAAUACUACUAAUAAUAACACUACAACACCAACACCAACACCAACACCAACAAAUCAACAACCAUCAUCAUUAUCAACAUCACCAACUAAAUCAGGAAUUCAAUCAGUACAAAUGAAAACUCAAAGUGGUAGAGUUAUAAAUAAUCCAAGAAUAUCAGUUAUGAUUCAUCAACGUGCACCACCAAAAAAACCAUUACCACCAACUCCACCAGUUAGAAAACCACCACCAUCUGCAGCAAUAUCUGAAAAUCCUGCAAUUAUAAAAGCAACAAUAACAAUUCAAAGAGCAUAUAGACGUUAUAAAGAAUGUUUACCAUUAAUUAAAUUAAAAUUAUUGUAUAGAUAUAGAUGGAAUAUUGUUCAAGAAAUUUAUAAUACAGAAAAAACUUAUAUAUCAACAUUGAAACAAUUAUCAACACAUUUUAUAGAACCAUUAAGAAAGAGUUCAUUAAUUAGUCAAGAAGAUGUUAAAUUUAUAUUUGGUGGUAUUGAUAGUAUUAGUGCAAUUAAUAAUACCCUAAUGAAUGAUAUUGAAUCAGUAUUGGAUAAAUGGACACCUUAUUCAGUGUUGGGUAGUUGUUUUACAACGAUGGGUGUUUAUUUAAAAGCAUACACUGAUUAUGUUAAAAACUUUGAUUUUGGACUUCAACGUAUUUGUCAAUGUGGAAAGGAUUCAAAAUUUACAGCAUUCAUUAAAGCGGCCGAAGAGAAAACUGUACCACGUUCAAGAUUGGAAUCAUUAUUAAUCACACCAGUUCAACGUAUUCCAAGAUAUGUACUCUUAUUACAAGAUCUCUUAAAACAUACUGAAGUAUCUCAUCCUGAUUUCCCUCAUUUAACAAAAGCUUUAGAAUUGGUUAAAAAUAUUGCAAUGUCAAUUAAUGAUACAAAGAGACAAUCUGAUAAUUCUUUAAAAGUUGUUGAAGUUCAAAAUAAAUUAAUUGGAAAAUGUCCUAAUCUUGUUAUUGCAGAUAGAAGAUAUGUUUAUGAAGGUUAUAUAUUAGUUGGUGAUGUUUCAAGUAAAUCAAAAAGAGUCUACGUAUUUUUAUUUAAUGAUAUUUUAAUUUUCUCAAAACCAACAACAAACAAAAUAUUUAAUAGUAAAACUAAAUUUAAAUUUUUAAAAUGUGAAGAUUUAUUUCCAAGUCCAAUGUUAACUGAUAUACCAAAUAAUCCUUUAUGGACAAAUUGUUUUGAAAUUAUAUUACAAUCAGUUGAAUUAAAAUUUUUUGCAGAAACUCCAGAAUCAAAAGUUGUAUGGUUAUCACAACUUCAAAAAGUUUUUAGUGAUAUUGGUACUCAACAAAUUAAAAAUGAAAAAUUAGUAAAUUAUAAAAAAGCAGAAGAAAAAGCAAAUGAUUUUAAAAAGUUUAUAGAUUAUCAAUAUACAUCAUUGAAAUUAAAAGGUAAAACUGGAAGAGGUGCAACAAUGUCAUUAAAUAAUAUGGAAGAUGCCAUUCCAUCAUCACCAACACCACAACCUCAAACACAACCACAAAGUAAUAAUGAAGUUAGUGAGAAUGGUAAUGGAUUAGAUGUUCAAAAUGAACAACCACAAUUAAUACAACAACAAUCAUCACCAUCAUUAUCAAAUUCAGCAUCAUCAACUCCAUCACCACAAAAUCAAUCACCACAAUUACAAUCUCAAACUGAUCCACAAUUAAGACAAUAUCCAAAUUUAUUGAGACAAACAACAUUCCAUAAAAUGUCUUAUCAAACUAGAAUGGAAGCAAUUAAAGAUGCAGAAGAACAAACUAAUAUAUUAAAACAAGAAGAACAAACCAAACAAGAAUUAUUGAAACAAGAAGAACAAACCAAACAAGAUUUAUUAACAAAACAAACCAAUGAAGAGAAUAAGAAAACUCAUAAGGAUCAAUUAAAUGAAAUUUAUAAAUCUGGUACUGGUAGUGGUAUGGUAGGAACUGUUGGAAGAUCAUUCUUUAAACCAGCCAAUAAUGGCGGUAUUGCUGGUGGUGAAAAUGUUGAACCUUCAAACGAACAAAAAUAUGAAACCUUGAAAGGAACUAAAGCAACCACUAGCGCACCUUCAUUAAAUAAAAUAUUUUCAAUAGUAUCAUCAACUUCAAAAGAAAAAGAAAAAGAAAAGGAAAAAGAAAAGGAGAAAGAAAAAGAAAAAGAGAGAGAAAGAAAACAAACAAUGCAAAAAUCUUCUCUAAAUUUAAAAGCUUUAAAUUCUGAAUUAUCUUCUUUAAAUAAUAAUAAUAAUAAUAUUAUUAAAAAAUAA